AUGAUCACCACGGCCGACGGCACCGCUGCAAAUGGCGAUGGUAUCAAGGAGGGCAACAAGAGCGGCUCCGCAACCACGAAUCACUUCCGUAGCCUUUCCAUGGAGAGUCUUAUAGGAAAGCUCCAGGACACCAUGACCAACACCUCAAGUUCGGAGUUCAACAGCACCGAGAUGAAGAAGAUUCUGGCGAACAAGAAGCUCGUAGAAAUGGCAGAAACAGAUUCAAAGAGAAUCAAGAGGAUUUUGGCGAACAGGCAAUCAGCAGCUCGAUCGAAGGAGAAGAAGCUGAGGUUCAUCUCAGAAUUAGAGAACAAGUUGCAAGCGUUGCAGACUGAAGCAACUAUACUAUCUGAGCAAUUGAACACGCUGCAGGCAUGA